AUGUCACGAAGGAAAUUUGAUAAUUCAUCAGAUGAAUCUGAUAUACAAUACUAUCGAAGAAAAAGGCCACGACCUAUUUGCUAUACUUCAGAUGAGAAUAUGUCAGGACAAGAAUUUAAAGCAGAAUGGCACGUAAUACAAACAACACAAACGGAAAAAGAAGUGACAGAAGAAGUUCGUGGGCUAGACGCGGAACUUCUAAUCGAAAACAUUAAUUGCAAUGAUCCCAUGGAAAUAUAUAAACUAUUCGUAACCGACAGCAUAAUUCAAUUUAUGGUCCAACAAACAAACAAAUAUGCUAUGCAAAAUAGCACUGCUAAAAAAACAAAAAAACAUCAGAGUUCCUGGAUACCUGUUUCAAUAGGCAAAAUGAAGGCUUUUCUCGGUGUAUUAUUAAUUAUGGGUGUCGUCCAAAUGCCAAACAUUAGAUUAUAUUGGUCUAAGAACAGUAUAGCUUAG